UGGAACGCCUUGCAGGCCCUUUUGGCAGUUGGCACUUGGCAGGCACCUACCUUCCACGGAGCGGAUCCGGCCCAUACCGGUUUCGUUUCGAGUUCCUUCAUUCAUCUUUUCUCCGACCGUGUCCCAUCCAUUCCAUCAACAGAAACCUAGCUCCAGCAACAGCAAAUUACCACGAAAACAAAACUGGGACAAAUCCUCUGUUUUCUGCCAUCAUUCCCCACCGCGGAAUCCACCGUCGUCUCCCGUUCCGAAACUCGACCACCUCAGUUGGCUUACCCACUCUGCAAAGAACUUGGGGUCAUUGGUUGGCAAUUGUGGGCUUACACAUUUUGCUCAGCAUUCAAACUAGAGCCAGGAGUUAUUCUAUUACUCUCGCAAUUGCUUUCCUUGUAUCGACGCUUUAUGAAUCUUGUCUUACUGAGUUGCCCGAUUGCAGGGUUGGUGAGUUUUUCUGGCACGGAUAGUCCGCUACCAUGUCUUCCCAAUUGACCCUUUCCAAGAGGCCAAAUGAUCAGAAUGUUAAUGAAUCAAAUAGGAAAGGCAAGUUGCAGAAGACCCAGAAUUCCAAUGACCAAAAUUUGGGAUCUUCCCUUGGAAAUGUAUAUUUCAGAGUGGUGUGCUCGGCUUCCAAGGUCGACUGUCUAAUUGGGGAAGAUGGUGGGGCAAUAGCUCGAAUUAGCAAAGAAACAGGCUUGAACGUAAGAAUAGUUGAUGAUGCACCUGAAUGUGAUGAGAGGGUGGUUGUUGUUGAGAGUUCUCCUAAAGAGACAGAAGGAGGUGACAGUGCACUGAGCAAGAAGGAAGAAGGUAAUGUGGAGGCUAAUGCAGCAGAAGAACAGAAGGAGGCCGUUAGUGUGGAUGACUCACAGUCUGUGAAUGGAGCUUCUGCUGUGAAGGCUUUACUGCUCAUCUUUGAAAGACUUGUUGAAGCGGAAACCAGUAAGGAUGGUGGAGAUGCGGGAAAGGGAAAGCUGCCUUCUUCAUUUGUUUUGAAGUUACUUGUGCUCUGCACUCAAGUUGGUUGCAUCUUGGGGAAGGGUGGCAGCAUGAUCAAGCUGAUGGCAAGUGAAAGUGGUGCACAGAUCAGGAUCCUUCCCCGGGAUAAACUUCCAACAUGUGCAUCGGCUCAAGAUGACGUGGUUCUGAUCACCGGAGAGAUUGAUGCUGUUAAGAGAGCUCUUCAUUCAGUUUCCAAGCAACUUUUGGGCAACACAGUUAAGGAUCACCAUUUGGAUUCUGCCACUUCAUUGGAUCAUUCUCAUCCAAGAGCAGAAGCUAAUCCACCUGCGCAUCGUUCUGUUAUUUCACGUGGAGCACUAUACCCUCCUGGACCUCCUGAACCUAUACUAACCUUCCGUAUACUGUGUCCUGAAGAGAAGGUAGGAGCUGUCAUUGGGAAAGGAGGAUAUAUAAUAAAGGGGCUCCAGCUAGAAACUGGUUGUGAGAUUAAAGUUAUGGAAGCUGUCCCUGACUGUGCAGACCGUUUGAUAAUUGUCUCUGGUUCAGUGGAUCCAAAUGGGAGGAUAUCAGCUGUACGAGAUGCUGUUCUUCGUGUACAUGCACGAAUAUUUAGGGGUGCACCUGAUAACCAAGAAACCAAGACUGUCGUAACCAGGCUUCUUGUUUCCUUAAAUCAAAUUGGUUGUCUACUUGCUAAAGGUGGUUCAAUCAUGGCUGAAAUGAGGAAGUCAACAGGGGCUUAUAUUCGUGUUCUACCAAAGGAUCAGAUUCCUAAAUGUGCUUCAGAAGGUGAAGAUGUUUUACAGAUAAAUGGGGUGUGUGAAACUGUACUGGAAGCACUUAUGCAGAUAACAACAAGAUUGCAGCAGCAUUUCUUCCGAGAUGAAUUUCCUUCUAAUGGCCACCCUUCUUCAAAUCCUGCAUUUUUUGAUCAUCCUCCUCCACCAUUUCCCCAAUAUCCAGGGAGGAGUGAACUCUCACCUCCAUUUCAUCUAUUCAAUGAUGGCAUAGGUGGCACCCCACCUCAACGUCUCGGUUUCCCUCCAACGGACAAUCAAUCUCCUUUCAUGCACAAUAUUCACAGACCUGGUAUGCUGCCACAUAUAUCUGAACGCAACCCAUGGGGUCCUCAGGGGCUCCCUGAAGGUGCUGCGCCAGUCGGCUUCCCAGACUUUCCUGUACCACCUCACAGAAGAAUGCCGGGUUUUGGAGGGAGCCAUGCCGCUAUUAUUACAAAUACUAAGCUCGAGGUUGUUGUUCCACGUUCCAUUGUCCCGAUAAUCUAUGGAGAGGAUGGAGCAUGCUUGAUGCAAAUCCGGCAGAUUUCUGAAGCAAAAAUUACCAUCACUGACCCAAAGCCCGGAGCAAGAGAGACCAUUAUUAUCAUAUCUGGGACACCCGAACAGACGAAUGCUGCUCAAAGUCUUAUCCAAGCCUUUGUGAUGAGUGAACACGAGUCUGCUUGAGCACUCCAUUUCAACUUCCGUCAAUAGAAAAAACUGGAUUAGGCCUUCCACAGAUCCAGCCGCUGCAACAAGCGACACUGCCAGGCAUGUCCAGCUCAAUAUUUUCAGCCAUGUCCACGUGAUGGAGAACUUGGGGAUCUUGGCCCUGGCAAUGUACAUCUCUACGGGGAAAUAGACGGUCAAUGGCCAGAAGGAUGCUGCCCCGAUGAGCCCCAGAAAGUCGUUGAAGAAUGGAAAGAUCAUCGCCAGGACUACUGUCACUACGACGUAUGCAGACCUCCAGACGAGCCUGAACAAAUUGAGGUAGAGCGUUCCCACGAAUGGAACGGUGAUGGGGUGCUCCCUCGUGAUGAACUUGUUUUCCGGCCAUUUCUUCAGGCAGCUGCUCUCCACAAAGCUGAAUACGGGCUGGCAGAAGACCUGCAGAAAGCACAGAAUUUAGUUCCGAUGGUUUGACCAAGUGGAUAUGUGGAUGGAGGAAGAAGGGUGUUGUACCUGGUAGGCGCCUACAAGGUGGAUUGCUAUGCAGAUGUUAGCGAUGUCGAUCAACCAGAAAGGCUCGUAGAAGCCGAACCCGGUGAGGAAGUUGUCUGGGGCGUCGUUUCCAAAUGCUGGGUAGCCGACGCAACCGCAUAGGAUGUAGAAAAUGGUGGUGGUCGUGAUGCCGGCAAGGCUUG